GGUGAGCGGCUUUCGCACGCUGUUGGUUGUGCAUUUGCAAUUUGUCUGGAAAAGAAACAAAAGCGGGAGCGUGACGCACUGCAGCUGGCCACAUCGGAAGAUCGCAGUUUCACCAGAGUGGGCUCGUUCCGUCCGACAUCUGCUCUUCUGUCAUUCCAGGCUAGCCUUGCCGAACGUCUCAUCGAUCCGCAGUCCACAAUGCUGACUGAACCGUUGUCCAGUGCCGGUGAUACUCGACAGAGUGCAAACGGUGUGACCCAGGCUCAAAUUGCCUCCAGUACUCCAGCAUCACCUUCGAAUUUAGCCGGUGCAAUUCCUCGUCCGCGUCCCAGUCCGUCAAUCACGGAUAGACAGGUGAGUGGGAAUCCGUUAUGUUCCGCUACAGAUGGUUGA